GUUGUUCUGUGAUCGUCUACCUCGCAGGCUGAUGUUGUUUGGAGGAAGAAGAGGGUCCUCCUGAAUUUGGAUUUCCUCCUAAAGAAACAUCUGCGAGCAUUUUACGGACAAGGAGCACUGCUUCCUCCUCAGUAUGGAGAAGUACGAGAAGAUUGGGAAGAUUGGAGAGGGCUCGUACGGAGUCGUCUUCAAGUGCAGAAACAAAGACACGGGCCAGAUCGUUGCCAUCAAGAAGUUUGUCGAGUCAGAGGAUAAUCCCAUCAUUAAAAAAAUUGCACUGAGGGAGAUCAGGAUGCUCAAGCAACUGAAACACUCCAACCUGGUGAAUCUGAUCGAAGUGUUUCGACGCAAACGGAAGCUUCACCUGGUCUUCGAGUACUGCGAUCACACCGUCCUCAACGAGCUGGACCGCCAUCCCAGAGGCGUCCCAGAGCAUCUUGUUAAAAGUAUAACCUGGCAGACGCUUCAGGCCGUCAACUUCUGCCACAAACAGAAUUGCAUCCACAGAGACGUCAAGCCGGAAAAUAUUCUCAUCACCAAGCAUCAAGUCAUCAAACUCUGCGACUUUGGCUUUGCCAGGAUACUCACUGGUCCGUGUGACUACUACACCGACUACGUCGCGACCCGCUGGUAUCGCGCCCCCGAACUGCUGGUGGGAGACACUCAGUACGGCCCCCCGGUGGACGUGUGGGCAGUCGGUUGCCUGUUUGCUGAGCUCCUGUCGGGGACGGCUCUGUGGCCCGGGAAGUCGGACAUGGACCAGCUGUACCUGAUCAUAAAGACCCUCGGAGAUCUGAUUCCUCGACACCAGCAGGUCUUCAGCAACAACCAGUUCUUCUGUGGAGUAUCCAUUCCAGAGCCACAACAGAUGGAAUCUUUGGAGCAAAAGUAUCCAAACCUCUCACAUCAAACUCUGAGCCUGAUGAAGGGCUGUCUGCGGAUGGACCCGUCUGAGCGGCUGACCUGUGAGCAGCUCCUCCAGCAUCCGUACUUCGACAGCUUGAGAGAAAGAAACGAGAGCACAUCUCGACAGCAGGACCGCUCCGGCAACAAAAGGACACGUUUACCUCGCAGACACGUUCCCCCCGGGUAUUUGCCACAGUUGACCAGCAGCGGCUUCUUUCCAGCUCUGGACAAUAAGAGGUACUACAACAACCUGCGCAAAUUCAACUAUCACCUACCGAACAUCUAAUCCCGCCCCCUGAUCCGAGUCCAGCCGCCACCAAGAGCUCAGUAACGUGACGCAUACUCCAGUAGCACUUUUUAAACACAUUUAAUGAAGCUCCAACCACUUUUUAUGAGGUGUAUCACAUGAGGUGUCUCUAGUAUUUCUCUCGUUGAUGUCAGUCUAUGCACUAUUCCCAGCAGGUCAUGUUGGUUUAUGUAUGUCGCCGUCGUUUCAGGCUGAUUUUGUAUAAAGACAAGAAGCAGUGAGCUGCUCCGCUCGUAG